GUUGAGUUGGAAAGGAGUGGGUCUCCAAGGUGAAGGCACCUAGCUUGGACGUGCACGUCCCUUCCAGCUUUGUUCGGUGAACGUCUGCCGAGCUUCAGCCGGCGCAUCCAUGGAAGACAAUGCUGUGGAUUGAAGCUUUUCGAUAUCGCAAACAACAUCCACAUUUCUGCUCAGCAACACAAGACAACAUGGCCGAUAAACUCCGCAACCAGCAAGAACUCGAGCGCCUUCAGGCCAAGUAUGUUGGUACAGGACACCCCGAUACGACGAGUUGGGAGUGGAAGACCAACAUUUACCGCGACACGUACUCAUCCAUCGCCGGCCACCCCCCUAUGCUGUCGUACAUGGCGCUGGCCGAGAAUGAGCCCACACAGCUCUUGCGUGCGAGGUUAAUCAGGAAAAUGAUGCAACCCGCUGGCCCACCACCACAACGCGAAGAUUAACGAUCAGCGAAGACUACCGAAGCAUGGAUCUUGGAAGAAACAUCGGGGUUUGCAAGGGCACUGGCGUUGGGGAUAUUGUGGUCGAGAAUCAGUAAUGGAGGGUUAGACACCCUCAGAAAUCCAUUCGCCAUCAUUGGCUGUUCGUAAAUGCAUACG